AAAUCUUUCCAAAGAGAAGAAACUAAAUUGUGUGCUACCGUUUUUCUAGUUACGUGUAAGACAGUUUGUUAUAUUGAACUUUAAAUAAGUCAAUUAUAAAUUAAGUUAAAUUCUAAUUUGUGUGUGAAUGUGUGAUUACUGGCCUCUCUGACCUGGCGGGGGUGUUGAGUUUCACGCGGGGAGCAGGUGGGCGUGUGCAGGGACAGUUACGUGACGCAGCGUCCACUGUCUGUAUGGUAUAAAUACACCUAAGCGUGCUCAGUCGGCCCCUCUCUCCUCUCAGCUGCCGCCUUUAAAUCAAAGCUGCGCGGUAGCUAGAUCUCCACCGGCAGUCAUGGCAGAUCAGGCCUUUGUGACUUUGGCUACCAACGACAGCUAUGCUCGGGGCGCCAUGGUUUUGGGCAAGUCCCUUCGUAACACCAACACUUCCAAAAAGUUGGUUGCAUUAAUUGGCCCGCAUGUGUCGGAACCGUGCCGGUCAGUGUUGAGGAUGAUCUACGAUGAAGUGAAGGUGGUGGAUCUGAUGGACAGCGGUGACACGGCUCACCUAGCAAUGAUGAAGAGGCCUGAUCUGGGAGUGACCUUCACCAAACUCAACUGCUGGACGCUCACGCAUUACUCCAAAUGUGUGUUCAUGGAUGCAGACACUCUGGUGCUUUCCAACAUAGACGAGCUGUUUGACAGGGAGGAACUGUCGGCUGCUCCUGACCCUGGCUGGCCUGACUGCUUUAACUCGGGUGUGUUUGUGUUUCGUCCUUCUGUGGAGACCUACGGAAAACUCCUUCAGUUUUGCACAGAACACGGCAGUUUUGAUGGAGGGGACCAAGGUGUCUUGAAUGGCUUCUUCUGCGACUGGGCAACAGCUGACAUAUCAAAACAUCUCCCCUUCAUUUACAACCUGAGCAGCGUAGCCAUCUACACUUACCUUCCAGCAUUCAAACAGUAUGGUGGAAAUGCCAAGGUGGUCCACUUUCUUGGGCAGACCAAGCCAUGGAGUUACACAUUUGACCCCAAGGCCAAACAGGUUUCGGGCAGUGGGCAGGAGGCCGCCGCUCAUCCCACCUUCCUCCUGGACUGGUGGACUCUGUAUGCCAGCUCUGUGGUGCCGCUGCUGCAGGAGCAGUAUGGAGACCAGCCCUUCUUCUCCGGAUGUCUUGAUUCCCAGCCCAGUGGCAUGGUCAGUAGUCAGAAUGUACAGGGUGAGAGCAGCUUUCCCCCGGCGCUCCCUCCCCAGCUUUCCUCAGAGGAGCGGAAGGAGCAAUGGGAGCAAGGCCAGGCUGACUACAUGGGAAUGGACUCCUUUGACAAUAUCAAGAGAAAGCUCGACACGUUCCUGAAAUGAGGUGGAGGUGGGAGUGACAUGGAAAUUCAAAAGCACCUGCAGUCAAAUGUCAUGGUCAACAGAGAAAACACUAAAGCUGACCUUUAUCUUUCUGACCCCCCUCAACACAAGACCAUGUAGUUCUACACAUGUUUGGGGGGGGGGGGGGGGGGGCUUACAUUAACUACUUUAAACUGUUACAUAGUUUACCCCGCUACACUGAAGAAAAUGAAGGUUUACACCGUAAAUGCACUUUUCCUCUUCUGGAUACUUAAAUCUCUCUGCAGCUUGUUUUUCCAAGUCUGUGCUUUAUCUUCUUUUUUUGUGUAUAAAAAUAAACAUUGCAACAAAGGUUGAAGUCUGCUUGAUAAAUGUGUUCUGUAUACCUCUGUGCUUUUCUUACUUCUGAAUUGACAGGUCGUGUGUGACAAAUGCGUUUACAGCACUCCUAAAGAUGUGUAGUCAUUUUUACUGAAUGUGGUGCCUUAAAAACUCUGUACUGCUGUCAUCUUAGAAGUCCUCAAGCGGCUGAUUUUUCUAGAACAAUUGAACGCUGCACGUUUUUAUGACCAGGUUGUUGACUGUACCAGAAUCUUAAAAUAAAUUGAAUUGGGGAAAAAAAA